AUGGUGAGAGAAUGGGAUAUAGUGGAAUUCGUUCGAGACUUCGACACGAAGUUAACCGUGGAAGAGCCGUACAAGGUCAUAGCCCACAUUCAAGCCCAACCCCUGGUUGACAGGAAAAUCAUUGAAGCCCAGGAGGGCGAUGAGUUAUUGAAGAAAAUGAGGGAAAGAGCAAGGAAUGAUGGAAAGUCUGAGUGGAGGAUCGGUACCGAUAGAGGGUUGUGGUACCGAAGCCGCCUUUGUGUUCCAAACCUUCAAGGACUACGAGAAGAAGUCCUAAAUGCUGCUCAUAACUCCAAGUUAGCAAUGCAUCCUGGUAGUACCAAAAUGUAUCAGGAUCUAAAGCGAAAUUAUUGGUGGGACAACAUGAAGAAGGAAAUAGCAGAGUAUGUGUUUCGAUGCCUCACGUGUCAACAAGUCAAGGUCGAGCACCGUUGA